AAUUAUAGGAAUAACUUCGUAUCAUGGAUACUACGGGUUUAACGAGCCCUACACAGAGUUCCCAGUCUGUUCGAACUCAUGAGAAUUUCUGCACACAGUUCUCUGCUCAAGUUGAAAAAUAUGUUGCGGGUGGAUGCCCUCAAAACAACGAAAAGUAUGUACAACAAAUAACCAAGAUUCUAUCACAGUUAUCGGAGAAGCGUCGUUGGCAGAAUUUCACCAACUUUGUUAAGCAGCAAUGCGAAAAGGAUAGAGGAGAACUGUUUUCCAACUUUGUUAAAAGUUGGUAUACUGCCAUAGGUCAUUUGAGUGCCGGAACGAAUCACGUCUUACCAAUGUUAUUACUGGUUAUGGAAAUUAUGAAAGCUGAUAAUCUUGGAUAUGAAUCUGUUAUGAUCCUAUACAGUGUGCUUGAAGAACAGAUAGAUAAAAUGAGUGGAAAUGAUACAAAAGUUUUUGGUACGUAUAUUGCGGAAAAUUUCAUGGAUGGAUGCAUAUUGAAAAAAAGCUGGUUGCGCGCCACAACCAUAUUUCUUCAGUAUAUGGUGAAGCCAAAAGAUAAGUUUAUUGAGUGGAAUGGGAAUAUUGUUGAUUGUGUGGAAUAUCGUGUCGCUUUUUUGCUGAAACUGCUAGGUGAUAUUGUAAGCUGCAAUUCAUUAAAAGAACUCGUCGUUGUGCUGAGAAAAUGUUCCCUGUAUGAGAUUCUUAGCUUAUUUCUGGAAGAAUUGUUGCAUACUGAAGCGACACCAGAAAUCUGUUUAAAAUUGAUUGUCAUGCUUCCUGAUGCAAUUAACUGGAAAGGCGAACAGGUAUGUGAUCAUUUGUUGAUGAAAGCGGAUUUUCCAUUCGAGGAUCUGUACGCAUUGUCGAUUGAACUUCAUGAACUGUUCGAGUUUAGCGUCACCAUCCCAAAAUUAUUCCUUGCUCGAUUGAAGCACCAUCGGCAACUUGUGUCAUGCAAUAAAUUUGCAAUGAUAUGCCUACUCUCGCUGUGUAAUAUAACACGAUAUUAUUCGGUGAGUAUGGCAGAGCUGAAGCAGAAUAUCGUGAAACUGCAGAAACAUUGUAAUCGAUUGAAAAGAAGUUCUUGGAUUCGUGAUGUUAUGGGCGACUGUGAUGUGGAAACUUUGAAAGGCAAUUUAGAUGCCAUUGUUGAAGCUGCAGUUAGUGAUACCAAGUGGUAUUCCAUUAUUGGCAGUACACUUGAACAAGUUGCGCUCAUGCUGUUGUUGGAUAAAUGCAAUAAUGAAAUUAAGUUCUCGGAUGGCAGAAUUGUGAACGAUGCAGACACUGUAUCAAUGGGCAAAUCAAUAUUGGUCUCACUAGCGAGAAUAGAUGUGGCAUCCGUAGGCCAGUUGCUAGAAAGGAUCCUUACAGUAUUGUUUACAUGUGUUAAGCGGAACUCUGCACUUAUUCUGAUUGAUACGAUUGUUGAUAUUGUGUCGAAACAGACAGUGCAUGUAUUGAAUGCUUGGAAAUCACUGCGAUCCUGGGUGGACAGUAUAUGCGACCUCAAGGAGGAUAUUGCCGUUUCACUGGUGCGCGCUUUAUUGCCAGUUAUUAUAUUACGCCCGCAGUUAAUUGCCAUUAUACUCAGUAAGAUGAAAAAACAUGUACUAUGUGACUCAACAGUUGCUAUAGUUUUACCGAUAUUGCUUCUCCUUCUGCGGUCGUCGACAAUGCGUUCGGCUGUAAAAAGUGAUUAUUACAGUCAAUCUUUCGCUACUUUCUCUACUCAGGCUCUACAAAAUAUGGGUGUUGAAACGAAAAACACAAAUGCGGAGCUUUCGCUAGAAAUUAUUGGAAUUUUGAAGCGAACUUUUUCGCAGCCUGCAAAUGUUAAAAGCAUGUUGUACAGAGGUAUUGUUGAAGCAGCAGCUGCCAAUCAGAAUUUAGUGUACCCUGCUUUGGAUCUUCUAGUAACACAUCUUGUAACUCUGCAGCAAAUAUCUCGCUGUACUUACAUUGAAUCUUCGAAGUUUUCUACUGUUCUACUUGAACCCUUGUCUGAUUUAGUCCAGGCUGUAAGCUUACUGAUGCGUUUAUUGAUAUAUAGUUUACGAAACACAUCGACUCAAGUUGUAUGCAGCAAAGAUGCAAAAGUAUGCCAGGCUAUGUCCGAAUUGGAUAAGCUUACUGAAUUCACUAUAGACCGAGAUGUACAUGACUUACAGUUGGAUAAGCUUUCGGAUUUUUCAUUUUCUGUUGCUGGUCGCACGAAUCUGAGCUUUGCAUCACUGAUGAUUUCCGUCUACGACGCUCUUAUCGAACACCUGUGGAAUGUAAACAAUGUGCUUACCAGGAGAGAAGAAGCGGAAAAAGUGCUGGCGUUGUUACGUAGACGUGAGGAACUGAACGAAGUUUUGAAGGAGAAAUUGGUAAAAAAGAAAGAGAGUAAGGGAGAGAAAGUGACUGUCGCUUAUUCGUCUACUGUACCUUAUCUACAAUCCAUAACAAGCAUGAUUUCACGAUUCAUUCAAAAGGUUAAUGAAGAAGGUGUCGAUAUAGACGAAGAAUGCUUGCAACUUCUUCGUGAAAAUGCGUUUGUGUGGGCAAUGGAUUGGGCACAGCGGAUUUCCAUUGAUAUAAAUAAGUGUAAUAUUCGCACAACUUUUAUCGCACUUUCCUCUUUUUCAAGGAUCAUGCUUCUUCUAUACGUAGGUGGCAGUUUUGUUCAUGAAUCAGCUUCGUUUGAGUUAUGGAAUCACAAAUGUACACAAGCUGUUGUGGCAUUCUCCAAUGUAAUUUCGUUGAUGGUUUCAAAAUAUGGUUUUCGUUGUGAUGGCUUUCUUAUGGAAAUGUGGCACAUUUUGGAGAAAUCGAACGAAGAUCAAAGAAAACGUGAAAAUGCUGCAUCUUUGAUGAUUCAAUUCAUCUUAUCAAAUCUAAUACCAAAAUUGCUCGAGACUUAUAAAGAUUUUGAGGAACGAAAAAUGACGUCAGAUUUUACUCAUCAAGCAUUUGCACUCAUUGCUACCUGCCGUGCAUUAUUUAAGCAAAUAUCAAAUGAAAAGGCUCAACUGAAGUGUGCAAAGCUUACUCGCAACAUAUUGCAGAAAAAUGAAAUAGGCGAUAAAACUGUACUGAAAGAGAUUUGGCAUCUCUUUAUGCAUAUCGAACGAGCUGGUAACUGUGGCAUUCACUAUACAAAUUUUUUGCGCACUGCCGCCACUCAAAUAAUAACUAUCCUGAGCAAUAAGGAAAAAGAAUCGAUUCAUUUGUUGGCAUCCAUUAAUGAUAUAACAGUGGAAACAAGUGCAGAAAUGGUGGCUGCAGCUUGUUCAGCUUCUCUCUCAGAUGCGCGUGUGACUACCGAAAUGAUGUCUCAGAUUUUCAUAUCCUCAAUAGAUGUUGGUCUCGUCAAAGUAAUCGACUUCUGCAGCAGAUUAGCGGAUGUCGUUCUUCUACUGCUCUCAGUACACAUUGAUUAUGCAGUGGCCAAAGAGCCGAUUUGUGCGUUGUUAACUGCGCAAUACGAGGCACUCAAUGUGGUUGUUAAAUUGAUGCUGAAGACACAUAAAUAUAGUGACAUUUCGGAAUGGACGGCUGUAACGAAAUUAGCAAGUCUUGGUCACGGCACUAUCCUCCGAAUUAUGGAGAACGCCGAUGAAAAUGUGGGAACACUGAAUCCACUUGACGAACCAUCUCUUACUCAUAAUCGAAAGGUAUUGAAGUCUCAGAAGGAUGAAACGCUUUAUGUCACUUAUGUACGAUCAAGAGAGCUUUAUCAGGCCAAUCUAUUGCUGUUGUGCUCAGCCCUGCACGAUCAUCGACUAGACAUACAAGUUAGGAACAAUUCUAUUGGUGUUCGAGACUUCCGUAUAGAUGCUGAAAAAUUGCGACAACGAGUAGAGGAAUUGGGUGAGGAAGGUGGAAAUGAGGAACAGGUACGAAAUGAUCAACAAAAACCGGCUAAGAAACGCGCACGCAUUGGGAAAGAAGAUGCUAUCAAUGCUGAGAAGUGGUAAUGCAAAAAUCCUUACAGAAAAGGAUAAAUCACUGUACCUCUCUCUGUUUAGGCUGCUGUGGACCAAGUUGUUAUUGUUAUAAAUUUAUUAUUUACUCAUCCGUUUGGUUUUCAGUGUGAAUAGCUAAGAUUUGCUGCAUUUAUGUAAAUAUUGCAAGUGAAAGUAAAGUUAUGUAAAACGAUUUUUAAAAUUAAGUUUUUU